AUCUUCCCUCAAGACUGAGUAAUAUUGCAAUUGAACAAAAUUACGGUUCAAAAUGACUUCAGAAGCAUCUAAACCAUCACAUCUCGAUCCAUCAGCUCUAGGCACAAAAGAAUAUUGGGAUAAUCUCUAUAAUCGUGAAAUUUCAAACCACGCACUCGAUGCGACGGAUGUAGGAACGAUAUGGUUUGAUGAUUCAUCUGCAGAGGAUAAAGUCGUAGAUUUCUUGAACGGGGAGGUUUUCGAGAAGGAUUUAUUGGGAUUGGGAAAAGGGAGGAGGAGGAAAGAUCUUGGACUGCUAGAUCUAGGGACGGGAAAUGGUCACUUUUUGGUUAGGCUGAGGGAGGGGGAGGAGGAUAGUGAUGAGGACGAGGUGGAGGAAGAGACAGAGGAAGGGAGAGAAAACGAGGCUCCAGGGAAAAAAUGGGUGGGAAGAAUGAUGGGUGUGGAUUAUUCGGAGAGAUCUAUUGAAUUUGCGAAACGAAUUGCGAAGGAUAAAUUAGAGGAAGGGGAGGAAGAGGAAACCGAACAGGGAAACGAAAUCGAAUUUAUCACAUGGGAUAUAAUGAAAGAAGAUCCAUCUCCAAAAGUUCUUAAUGGAGAACAGGCAAAAGGAUGGGAUAUAGUACUUGACAAAGGGACAUUCGAUGCUAUUAGUUUGUCGGAGGAGAUAGAUGCGAAUGGGAAAAGGAUUUUCGAGGGAUAUAAAGAGAAAGUGCUGGCAUUAGUGAGAACGGGCGGAGUGGCGGUUGUUACGAGUUGCAAUUGGACAGAGGAGGAAUUAAUUGAGUGGUUUGUUGGAAAGGAAGAGGAGGAGCAGGGAGAAAGGUUCGAGGUACUGAGGAAGAUUGAGUAUAGAAGUUUUAGUUUUGGAGGAGUGAAGGGCCAGACAGUGUGUAGUGUUUGUUUUAGGAAGUGUGGAGGGAGCGAAUAGAUACCGGGAAAACCGUACUCAGAAUGUUACAUUGAGGGCUACGGCUCGUGGUGUGUGGUUUGAAGGCAGCAAUCUCAGAGGGGUCAUAGGCUCUCUCUAACUAACCUCGAAGUCAGAUGGCGUCGAAUAUUACAAAAAUGAAUGUUGAAGUCCAAUAUUGAAUAUUUACCAAUGCAAUACAACACAAAAUCUCUAUGGAAAUCACGCUCCAGUGGUGCUUGAACGGGAGGUUCUUAAAUUCCAAGCAUGAUGUGUACAAUUCUUCAUUUCAUCGAAAUGUUCUGGAAAGCACAAAUGUUCAAGAAAUUGA